ACGACUGUCUUUUCUUUCUCUUGUAAUAAAUAUAUUCUCGUUUGAAGAACUUGGGGGGAAUAGCGGCCCUAUAUUUGUAUUUGGUAUUUUUGUUUGUGAAGUUGAAGAUCACACUGGGUAUGGGUGGAUUGCCAUCCAAUCCAAAGUUCUCUGUGCCCAUUUCCAUAUUGGGCCCUGCACCCACUCACCUCAUCUCCACCGCCGCCGCUCUCCGCCUUGGCGACGCCGUACUCUACCGCCGCCGUCUCCAUCUUGGGUCCCUUCUUCAUUCCUCCCUCAAGAAUAUUUCUUGUCUUGGUGACGCCCUUCAAUUCGAGGAUAUAUGGCAUAAAAAGGUGCUUCAGUUUUCAGGUUGUAAUGGUUUUCAAUGGUCUCGCGAUGCUCUGCCAUUCUUGAGCUUAUGUUUCUUCAAUGGAGAUGAAACUAGAAUUGAUUCUAAAGAUAUUAGGAAGUCAAACUCAGACAUAUCUAGAAGAGUCUUAUCAGACGGAAGGAAGUGGACUAAUAUUCUUCUUGCAGCCAACGUAUUAGUAUAUAUAGCACAAACCCUUACAGAUGGCAAGCUCUUAUUUUGGGGAGCCAAGAUCAAUAAUCUAAUAGACAAAGGGCAGCUGUGGAGGCUAGCUACAUCAUCCUUUCUGCAUGCAAAUAUUGGGCAUCUGAUGAUCAAUUGUUAUUCUUUAAACUCUGUUGGUCCUGCUGUUGAGAAAAUAUGCGGUCCUAGAAGAUACCUUCCGAUAUACAUCACCUCUGCAAUAGCAAGUUCAGCAGUUAGUUACUGGUUCAGCAAAGCACCUGCUAUUGGAGCAUCAGGAGCUAUUUUUGGACUAGUAGGAUCCUUUGCUAUGUUUGUCCUGAGGCACAGGGGCGUGGUCAAAGGCACUGAAGGACAUCUAAAACAUAUAGCACAAGUGGUCAUGUUCAAUAUGGCAAUUGGACUUCUAUCUAAAGGCAUUGAUAACUGGGGUCAUGUAGGAGGCUUGAUAGGUGGAGCCGCUGUAUCUUGGCUACUCGGUCCUGCAUGGAAGGUUGAAUCAGUUUCACGCAACGGGAUGCAAGUUUUUAAAGACAAAGCACCAAUUUUCUCUCUCAUCAAGAGAUAUUCUAAGUGAUGCAUUGCAUAGGGGGCUGCUUUUACUCCAAAGACGAACAUUGAGAAAUGGAUUUUACCUUGUAUUGUUACUCAAAAACUAAUGUUAGCCUAUAAGAGAACAAAGAGUCGAUACUAUUAUAGUGAAUUUGUCUUUGUACAGUACUUGAUCUAGAGUAUCAACAAUGGAAUACAAAAACUAAUGUUAGCCUAUAAGAGAACAAAGAGUUGAUACUAUUACAGUGAA